AUAAAUUGUGAACACCUCUAUGGUACCCAAUUGAUGAUUUUAGGGGUUUUCUUUAUUCCAUUGGUUGAUCUUUUUCGAAAAAGAUUGGGGUUUUUUUCAUUUUUCAUUUUUUCAUUUUUUUUUUUGAGUGUGUGAGCAGUUUCCAAUGAAGUAGACAAUCUUAGGAGGCUCUGCCAUUCCCCAAAAUGCUUGAAGAGGAGGAUGUUCAAAACCUCAUUGCAGAAAGAGACGAACUCCUGCAAAAACUGGCAGAAAAUGCAGAAAAGGCCACUUUUGAUGCCAAUGUCAUGACCCAGCUGCGUGACUCCCUUGCCAAGGUUGCAGCUGAGAAGCUUUUGUUGGAGAGCGAGCUGAAUCUGGCGCAGGAUGUCUACAACAAUCCUGCUGCCAGGUCCAAGGCGCCCUCCAAGCGGACCUCCUCCACCGCCGCAGCACUCAACCUGCUGCAGCAGCAAAACAACAACAACAAUGGCAUGGAGGAUGCGAGCAACGUCGACGCCGCGGCUGCCCGGUCCACGCCUGCAGGAUCUCGACAAAACUCCACCAUGGUCGCUCGACCUGGAUCCGUUCGAACCUCCACCACCACGCCGUCGAGGAAACCGUCUGCAGUAGGCCCAUCUCGGAAGGGAUCCGCGGCGGGGACUGGUGGUGGUGGUGCACCUGAUGAAGCAGGAAGGAGAUCUAGCAGAAAGAGCUCGACGAUGAUGCAGAACAAUGCAGAGAGUCUUGCGCAGAGGGCGAGUCUGCUGGCGGACAACAAUGCGGAUGUGCUCGCUCAGAGAGCCUCGAUACUCGCGGAGAACAACGCCGAGAUUCUGGCGGAAAAGGCCUCGAUGCUCGCGGAAAACACGGCGGAUGUCCUCGCCCAGCGAGCUUCGAUGCUAGCGGAGAGCUCCGCGGUGGCGCUCGCCGACACCGCGGCGGUGCUCGCCGAAGGCUCCACCGACGCCUUGGCGAAACGCGCGUCGGCUAUUGCAGAGAACAACUCCAUGUUCGCGCCGAACGGCGUCGAGUUGGACUUCUCGUCGUCGAGGCUUCUGCCUGCGCAACGAUCCUCCAUGAAGAGGCAGAGUGAGGUAUUGCCCGACAGUGUGCUGGAUGCGGCUCGGGCUAAUCUUCGACGUGCCUCUGAGCUUGACGCCUCACGCAGAGCCUCCUCGAUGGGUUUCCCAUCAUCGAAGAGACCUUCAGCCUUGGCAUUGCCUUACUCCUUGCAGGAAUCCAAGGACCCGAGCCGAAAAUCCUCGACCAUGAGACCGUCCUUGGAUAUGGCUGGAACGUCGAGGAAGAGCUCCGCGAUGACGACGGAUCCGAGACUCGGCAGCGGUCUUCUCCUCGACCAGUUGCUCGAGAAACUGGAAGCGUUGGAGCACGAGAUCAUGGAAACGAAGCGGAGUUCCCAACUUGCGAAUCAUGGAUCCUUCAACAUGGGCGACGAUGUGGGCAUCGAUGAGCAACAACAGUUCGAAUACAACUCACCGGAAACAGGUUCGGCGCCUGUGCCAAUGCGAGGGUUCUCCGAAUAUGGUCGAAAAUUCUCGUCUCUGCCGCCGGGCAUUCCUCUCGAGCCUCGAGGUGGCUCUAGGAGCUCCACACGCAGUGGAAGCUCACGGGGAAGCAGACUGGCAGAGGAAGCCGCCACCAUGGAAAAGAUUGCGAAUCUGAAGGCACGAGUGAGCAUGCUGGAAUGCGAGCGAGAGCGAGAGCGUGUUUGCUUGCUGGAAGCUGCCAAAAAACACGACAAGAGCGACGAAAUGUUGCAACGCAUCCAGCAACUGGAAAUGGCCAUCCAACAAACCCACGAAAACUACAAGAUUCUCAACAACGAGACAAAGCAGUUGCACUGCAAGAGGCCAGUGAGGCUAUACCAAACCAAUCGUUGCAUUGAGAAGGAGAGUGACAACAACAGAAAACGAUGCUCAUCUCAACACCACUUUCGAGAACUGAAGAAUGAAAUGGACAAACGGCGCCGCGAUCUCGAGGUUUCUGAAUGUAGCAUGCAGCAGAAAAAAGCAAUGGGGAAUUAUGGAAAACUAUGUAACAAAGCACCCAUGAUAAUAAAGUCCACACCACAGUAUUUAGUUGAUGAGCAACCUAUUGAUGGCCAACUGAAGCAGUGUCUCAGUGGCUCACCCACACUUGAAUUUACUCACUUGAAAUUAGGCAACCAAGGAGGAGUACCUUCUGAGAUGAUCACGUUUAGCACAUCCAAAGGACCACUUGGAGGCCAAAUGGUCCAUAUCAUGGAAAAGGUUGGCAAGAAUUUGCCACAAGUUGUUAUGCAAGAGAUUGGGAAAAUAGUAGCAUUUGGCCGCUCAGAAAGGAAUUCACCAAGGUGCUUAUCCCUUGAAAACUAUGGCCCUAAGAAUUGUCUUUCUAAACCUCCGUGUGGUUUUUAAACACCAAUUAUUCUAUUGAUUUUUUAUUUUAUUUUGUUUUGUUUUUUGAUAAACAAAGGAUCACAUGUGUAAUUUGUGGUUUGAAAGUAAGCAUCAUUCAUUCUUCAAAUCAUGUGUAAUUGCAAAUACAAAACAACAAAUAAAAAGUGCAGUUCUUUUCUUGUAUGCAUGA